AUGGAUACUCAACUGGACCAAAUAGUCAUUCAGAAAUUCCUGUACCCCUUGCGGGAACAGCUCAUCAAGCAGUUCGAAAAACUCAUCUCACCACCAUAUCCUCAACACUGGUUUGACAUUUACCUGUCAAGCUUCGUCUUGCUGAACCAUAUAGAACACUUGGCCAAGCAUUCGGCAUUCUUCGCCAAGUUGAACGCAAUGGAUAGCAAGUACUCGAACACCGAGUUUCUUGAAGGAGUCUUCCACACAGCAAAGUCAAUCCUUGCUCGUUUUCACUUCGUUUGCAAAGGGUGGAUUCCCCUUCGUGAGCUGGACUGGAAUUCAGAGAAAGUCGUUGCUAUGGCGGACUUGGACGAGGACCAAGUCAAAUUCAUGAAGAAAACACAGCAAGUGGUCAAGGCCAGACAUGAUGAGAUCCGUCAGCUCCGGCACACAUAUAAGUAUGAGCAGCCACUGUACUGGAGUGGUCAACUUUACACAGAAGACUUCGAUAAGAGUCCUGUACGCGUUGUGGAGGUAGAAUGA